UUGAGUGCGGUAUGUCCACAGCUAUGGUCACACAUAAACAAUAUGGCCGACUUCUAGGUUUGAACAGCAGAAAGAAGAAUUUCAUCUUUGAUUUAGAUCGGAAAACAUGUCUUAGAGACGUAAUAAUUGAUGUAUUGUAGAGAUAUAAAUAUCUGAAAAUGGUGAUAGGGGAAAACAUGAAUGCUAGGUAUUUAUUUAUUGAAUUGCGCCUGUAUUAGACCUCCACUUGGCAGUUGCCGAUCGUUUCUGUGCAGUGACCUUUUCACAAUGGCGAACAAAGCAAGAAGCAGAUCUCAAUUUUCGAGUCGGGAUAGAAACACUUUUACUAUUAAUGUGAAAAUUGAGGCCACAGAUGAAGUAUUUCCGCUGAAGAAUGUUUACAGUGACAUGAAAAUAUCUGAAUUGAAGGAUUACAUGGAAUUUGCAACAGGGAUACCAAUAAAUAUGCAAAGGAUAAGUUACCUUGAUGAAGGAGACUUGCUAGAACACAUGGAUAUACGAUCUAACGACAUUGUACCUGGAGCGACACUUCUGAUGAGGGUGUGGUCUCAGUGGAGAGAUUUACUGGAAGCAGUAGCAGCAAAUGAUGACGAAUGGGUCUUCAGUCUGGGUGUGACUCAUCCAAGUGAUUAUAAGACACCCAACAGUGAGUACAUGAUAAAGAGAUCUCGAAGAGCUUGGUACGAGGAGAGAGCUUUUGUUGCCCUCUGUAUAGCUGCCCACAGAGGCCAUGACAAGCUGUGUGCCAAGCUGAUCCAAGCAGGUGCCAAUUUAAAUGGCACAUCUCCCCUCGGCAGAACGGCUCUUCAUGUGGCAGCAGCUCAAGGUCAUGGUCAUAUUGUUGACCUCCUCUUAGAAAAAGGAGCCAAUAUUGAUGCUGAAGAUGAUGAUGGCAACAAUGCGUUGACAAUUGCCGACAAAUUUGGACACAAGAGCUGUGAACGUCAUUUGUUCUUGUUCCGAUGGCAGCAACGAGCCAAGAAACUGCGUCCGUCGAGACAGGUCCCUCUCAAGCCACACCAGUAUUAUGACUCCAAGUUCCCAGUCUGGGUGGAGGGAGGCCAGUGCCAGCUCUACCUAACAAACAUCGCCCCUCCCGAGGAGUUUGAGGGGACAGCUCUCAACUCCCCAAUCAAGCGCCCCCACCCAGGUGUAGUCAGGCGGAAUCAGUUCCACUUGGAUGACACAGGGGACAGGCCCCAGGUACGCAUCAGCGACAACGACGAAGCUCAGCCAGCAGAACAUGCAGGAAAGAAGUUACCCGCCAUUCAAUCUGUAGAUGCUGCACGGACACAGAAGCUUCAAAAGGCAUAUGCCUUCUACAUUAAAAAUAGAAGGGGAGACCUGGACUUGAGCCGCCACAAGCCACCCACGUUUGAGCAGUGGCUCAAUAAGAUACAGGAUAAGGAGAAGAAGCACUCCGAGGCCAAGAGGAAGGCAAGGGAGAUGAAGAGACAAGAGGAGGAAGAGAGCGCACAUUCUGAUUCGGACAGUGAAAAUAGCAGAUGGAGGAAGAUGGAGGAAGACAAGGCCACAAACUACGAAAACUGGCUGGCUCAGAAAGAGGCUGAGAGGAAAAAGGCUUCACCAUCACCUAAAGAUGCUUUAAAGAGCGCAAGUCCGGAUAAGAGAGGUGGCAGCGCGAAGCAGAGGAGUGCAGGUGCCCUGCGACUAUAUCUGCGAUCUCUCGGGAACGAUCGGGCGGGGCAGCCGUACGAGAACUGGCUGAUUAAGAAGGAGAUGGAACUCCUGGACAGGGCCAAGUCAGGCGACCGUCUCUUCUCGUUUUAGACAAAGGGAAAGGCAGUCAUGGUUCCUUGGUUCUGUAGGCUCGAGAUCCUUUGAUUGAGUUGUGGGAUUUAUGCCUGUAAUAGCCUGUACAGUUUGGGUGCUCUCUUAUGGGUUUUCAUAGCUCUUUGUCUUUUGUUGUUCUGAUUAAAAUAGGGAUAUAUUUGAAGGGAUUCGUUGGCUGGACAGUUCUGAUAUGUUUAUUGUUGCUGAAGGGGAACAGAUGCAGAAGAAAUGUCAUCACUGGUCUAAAACUCUAGUCAUUUCUCUUGUAUUCUUUACACAAGGAAAAGUGACUAUUUAUGUCUUUGAAGUUUGGUAAUCCCAAAGUUUGGUUUACUCAUAGUCUUUUUAAGUAUUUAAAAUGAUAUGUAAGUAGAAAGGUGGAAAAUAUGUUUUGUAUUAUUGUUCAACAAAACAAACAUGACAAAUGCAGCCCCACCUUGUGCCAGACAGGCUUUGUGUCCUGGUUGUCCUUGGUGAUAGAUGGACAUGUUGUUAUGGAGGAAUUAAAAGAAACUCUCUUCAGAUGUUUACACUCCGAAUAUCAAAUAGUCAGGCCCUAAGUAAAAUUAUGAUACAGAGUAGGGGCCAGUAAUGGAUAGAGAACUGCUUGAAGGAUGUUUAGUAACCAUGAAUACCUUUCAUUUAGCUUUGAAUGCAUGCUGGGAGGUCAUGUAUACAUAUAUAUAUCUUCAUGUCCUUUGUAAAACUUAGUAUUGUAUUUAUUGAUUUGUGGGACACUCACUGUUUAUGGUUUUACAUUGUCAAAUAUAUCAAACUUGUGACCAGUUUUCAAAGAAGGUAAACUUUCGAAUGGUUGUUUGUCUAUAUAAUAUUGAUUAUAUAUGCCAACUUUUGUAUUUACUUUCAUAAACAUAUUGUUAGAAUAAUAUUUCGAGAAUCCUACCAUAUCAAAUGUAUUACCAGUAGUACAGGACAUUUACCCUUUUCUCAAACAACAUUUACAACAACUAUAAUUUCACCAGUAUUUUGCCUUUUACUCAUAAUUGAAUCUGUUUUGGCAGAUAAUCGAGACUGCUUAUUCUCUCGCAAUGACGCUUUGUAGUUUCAUAAACUUUCAUUAGAAUCAUAACUGGAUCAUUUUGUUCAGAUGUUUUUGCUUCACAGUGAAUAUAUUAUGUGUUGGUGGGACAUUUUGUUGUUGAUUGAGUAUCAAUACUGGCAGUAUUUGAUGAUGGCUGUAAGGAUACAGCAAGGAAUCAAAACUGUGUGAUAUAUCUCCUUCUGAAAGUGUGUAUUAGUACAUGUAUACACAUCUCAUUAAACAUUUUACCAACCAAUCAAAUGGCAAGAUAAUGAAAAAUGAAAUUGAUAAGGGAGGUAACUUGUAUUGCCUGGACAUGAAGACGUGAGGACAUCAAAAAGAUUUUUCAUGAUUUCGUAGUUUUUCGCGAAUUCUAUCAUAAUCAUUGGCACUGGCCACCAUGUUGUUUAUACCGCCAACCCCAUUCGUCACCACUCGCCCCUUUCCGUAACCUGCAAGAAGACUCGUCCCCCUGUCGAUGAAUGUUAUGGGCGAAAAUACGACAAACCAAUCAGAAUGCGCAUAUGACUUCAACUCUUCGGUCAAAGAUUCCCUCAGUAAUAAUUUUGAACUUUACAUAGAUCUUGCAUUUAAAAACAUACCCAAGAUACAGUUAAAUGUGUCCAAUCAUACUGUAUAAUACUGUAAGUCCCGAUGUGUUUUCAAUGGCAUCUGGAACAUACAUGAUAUAUGGUGAAAUAUACGUGAAUCAUAACGUAACGAGUUUAUAAUUCUUUUAGCUAUGCCCGUUUGCGCUUAGACGGAUACCAGUCGCAAAAAUGGCCACGAGACGGGCACAAGUCGCUAUUCGAUUUGUCCCUGAAUAACAUGAGCUUGUCACGAACGUGCCCACCCAUCAUUGUGACUGGUUUGUAAGUCACAUUCUGAUUGGUCCGUUAGACUGAGUAGGGUAGCAAAUCAAAUUUGCUGAUAAAAAUCAAAGGUAGGUAAUUUGAUAUCACGAGAACUACGUUUGUUUGAGGCAGAAUAUGAACCCCUCUCUGAAAGGAGUGUUUUUAUGUUUUCAAAAACAUUCACCAGGUCCGUUGAACAAUAAAUUUCCUUGGUAAAUUCUCAUAAAUUUUGUUCAUCAGUUUUGGGAACAGAUUACCAGGUAAUUCAUUUUUUUCCAAGUCGAUGCCCCACUCAACCAAACCAAUUCACUCACAUCCCUCAAAAUAUAAUGUUCGGCCUUUCAUCAACCUAUCACAUCUAUAUUCCAAUUAUUUUUACAUAUAUUGUAAUAGUAUUGAAAAUUUGAUUUGAAAUAGGUUUUUUUAACAAUUAUGAUAAUAUUGCAACAGCAGACAUGCCCUUGAUAGUUCUCCCGAAUCAUGACAAGGUAUUUCCUUCAGCCCUAUAUUUCACCUAACCAAAGCAUUCUGUGAUAAAAAGAAUAUGUUUUAGGUUUGUAUAACGUUACUAUUUUGUUACAUUGAACUGUUUCUUUUUGUACUUUUGUAUCAACUCCGUCCAUGUUCUGAUUGCAUUGUCAUAAAUAUUAGGUGGAUAGUGAAACCUGGAAGUAUUUGUUUUUUUAAAAACAUGGAGAGGAAGUCUUAUUUAUAUUUCAGAUGAAAAUGUUUUGAAGUUUAUUUACACUCCUUCAAAUUAUUCUUUUCUGAAUUUUUAUUUUGAAAAAUAAUCUAAAUUCAAGUAAACCAGUAACAGUUCUUUUUGAAUUGUUAUUGGUUGUUAUUCAGUUGUUAUCCACUAUCUUGUGGCGUUAAUAAUUUAUGUAGCAGUUAUUUGGAUGAAUAAAAAUUGGUAUGUGAA